UAUCGUAGCGGAAGUUGAGCGUCCACGAAGCGCUUCUGGCGGGAGUAUGACACAUGUUCGGAGCUCUCAGUGUAAAUAACUCGCAGUUGUCAGAAUCGUAUUAAUAUUAUUUCGAUCGACAGCAGGGUAAGAAUAAUUAAAAUGCAGUAAUAUAAUGAGACAUGUAGUGGAUUGGAGAACUCUAUCCUGUAAGCUUGAUAAACGCUUGGUAGAUAAACUUUAGAAUUAAGCAGACUUAACGUACGCGGCUACAUUUCAAAUUUAAUUUUAAAAAAUAAUUUAUCAAUUAUAUAAUGCUAAGACGUAAAUACGCGUGCAUUAUCUAUAUGGUUCAAAUGUAUAGAAAUCUAACAGUUGUCUUUUUUUUUCGUCCAUCCAUCCAUUUUCUGUACCCGCUUUGUAAAGCGACUAUUUGAGCGUGAUCGCCGUUGUUUGUUCCUCUGCUGUUGUCUCGUUACUGAUAGAGGCCAGCCUUUUUGAUUUGUGAAUAUACGUAAACUUUGACCUUUUUACCUCGUGAGCUACGCAGUUGAUGUCCUUUCUCAUUUAAAGCUGAACCAUGCAAGCUUUUUUGAAAGGAGCGUCUACCCAGAGCAGUAAAAUUGCCAAAGACAAAUCUGCAGGGUCCAGUGGAGAAAAGAAGCAGAAACCGGUGCCUUGGGUAGAGAAGUAUAGACCGAAGUGUGUUGAUGAAGUUGCCUUCCAAGAGGAGGUGGUUGCAGUGCUGAAGAAGUCUCUAGAGGGCGCCGAUCUCCCUAACCUGCUAUUCUAUGGCCCACCUGGUACCGGGAAAACCUCAACCAUACUGGCUGCAGCACGGGAACUGUUUGGACCUGAGCUGUAUCGGAAGAGAGUUUUGGAGCUCAAUGCCUCUGACGAGCGAGGUAUCCAAGUGGUUCGGGAGAAGGUGAAGAAUUUUGCCCAGCUGACUGUGGCAGGAACACGAUCCGAUGGGAAACCCUGCCCCCCCUUUAAGAUCAUAAUCUUGGAUGAGGCCGACUCUAUGACUGGUGCAGCACAGGCUGCCCUUAGAAGGACCAUGGAGAAGGAGUCCAGGACCACGCGCUUCUGCCUCAUCUGUAACUACGUCAGUCGGAUAAUUGAGCCCCUGACAUCUCGAUGUUCAAAAUUUCGCUUCAAACCUCUCGAUGACCAGGUCCAAGAAGUUAGACUGUUAGAAAUAUGUGAGAAGGAGAAGCUGAAGUAUUCCAAAGAGGCUAUUGCAGCCCUGGUAAAGGUGUCAGAGGGAGACCUCAGAAAAGCGAUCACUUUUCUUCAAAGUGCAGCAAGGCUUAAUGGUGAAAAAGAAAUUGCAGAAAGUGAAGUCAUAGAGAUUGCUGGGGUUUGCCCCCCAAAGAUGAUCAAAGACCUACUACACAUUUGUUACAACAGUACAUUUGACAAGCUAGAAGUUGCUGUGAAGAACUUGAUAGAUGAAGGAUAUGCUGCCACACAGAUUUUACAUCAGCUUCAUGACAUAAUCAUAGAGGAGAGCCUGAAUGACCAGAAGAAGUCCAUCAUUACGGAAAAAAUGGCGGAGGUGGACAAAUGUUUGGCUGAUGGAGCAGAUGAGUACUUACAGGUGCUGAGCCUGGGUUCCACAAUAAUGCAGCAAGCUGCUUAGACCAAUUAAUCUCCUGCUCCUCUCUCCCACCCCCUGGCUGUUUUUUUAUUCUUCCAAUAUAUAGAGAAAAUAAAUGUCUGCAAAACCUC